UUUCUCUUCGCUUAGUUACUUUCACAAGUGUGAGGAGGUUGCUUGUAUUUUCCAGACAUCUUGACACUAAACACGUGCUCCGCAAAGUCGUAUUUCUGAAGAGAGUAUGAUAUUUUUCCUAAAAAUACUAAUGUUCCAUUGUAUUUAUUUCGUGCUGUAAGAAAAGCCUGUGGAAUAAGAUAAAGUGUAAUCCUACCAGACUGUUUUGAAACCGCGACACGGAUCAGCUGGGUACCAAAACGGAUGAGGUUUCCGCGGUUGCUCCUGCGCGAGGAUCACCCUCCCCAGAUCACCCUCUCUCCAGAUGCAGCCCACACCCGGCAGUGUUGGUGCUGCGUGUGGUGGAGAAGGAGGUGGUGAUGGAAUUUUGUUGAGGGGGAGGAAGUUUUGUCUCAUAUUGCUCUCUAAAAGCAGCAACAGAAAUAUCAUGAGCAACGUUUUUUUGAAUUUAUAAUUACAAGAAGUCGUAGGAAAGAUUUUUUUUUACUUCCUAUACCUGCACAAAGCCCAGCCAAGGACACUAGUGAAUGAACUCGUUUGAUAUUGAACUGUGAAAUGAGUUCAACAUAGAGCACCCGGUUAUUGGUAGUUGCAUAAUGGUGAGAAACCCCGAAAGUCCAUAUGAACCUUCUUUAAAAAACGUUAAAAUUACAGAAGAAUACAAAAGAUGUAAAAGUUUAUGAAGGUGACUCGAUGAAUAUAGAAACUAGCUGCCAAUGUAUGUAUGUAAAAUAUUAUUUUUUUUAAUACAAAUAAUUGCCUCAAGAAAACUGAGACGGGUGAGGACUUUGUUUAGGACCGAGAAUUAAACAGUGUAUUAAACUUUAGAGUGAAGGCAAGAGAAUAGAUAUAUACCAGAACCUUUGAACAAGCAGAUCAUACAGAUAUCGCCAAGGCAGUUCUACCCUCUUAACUGAGCACACGGACCUUCAGGCGUGAUGUUGGUGGGUGUAAGAAAGAAGCACUGGCUGUUGGCAACGCUGUCGGUCACGGGCCUCCUCCUCGUGCUCGUGUUUACUACCAAGUCUCCAGGACACUCACCUACCCGUGCAUUGCUAGACCCAAGUGAAGAGAGAAAGGCAGCCCAGACGGAUGGCGUCGCAGCGGCCGAGGAUCUACCUGCUGCGGCAGAGUCUGCAGUGCACACGAAACCUCCCCUACACCUCAGUGAACAGGAGCGGGAUGCACUGGCCAAGCAAGGAGUCCUCAUGGUGGAGGAUUCAGAUAGAGAUCCAAUGGAGGAUCAGACCCAGAAGCAACAACAGCAAAAGCAGCAUCGAUAUCUUCAGCACGAACACAGUCAACUAAGGAAGAGUGUGCCUGCUAACGAAGCACAAGAACAGGAAAUAGACAAACUGAAAUUGGAGCAGCAACAGGAACUGCAUAGAGAAAAUAAUCAUUUACAGGAGCAUCAUAUGCGAGAACAGCAGAUUCUUCAGGAUCACAUUCUGGCCGAUGAAAUGAAGGCCCAGCAAGCAGAGGAACAGAGGAUGAUGGAGGAGGCUGCCCGCCUGAACCCUCCACCAGCACAAUCGCGAACCUCCAGCGUAUCUGUGGUGUCGCGCACGUAUAAGGUGAACCGUGGAAUGACAGCUGCGAGCAACGGUGGCUCGAGUCGAGGGGUUGUCCUUCCUCGGAUGACAUAUGAAGGACUCUGGAAGAUGGGCGAAAACAUCUUACGCCACACCAUCAAAAAGGAGUUUCUGAACAGCAUCCCAGACACUGAUUUCACUCCUGGGGAAGUGGUCCCCCCUUUGCAGGUGCGCAGGGUCAUCAUCCUCUCCACCUGGCGCAGUGGUUCUUCCUUCCUCGGAGACCUGCUGAAGUCAUACCCUGGUACAUAUUUCAGUUUCGAGCCUCUGCACCAUUUGCUCAAGAAUCUUCACUUACAGGAGGGCCCCUUGGUUGACGUGGUCUUAAAUCUACUGAGAAGUAUUAUGACAUGUGACCUCUCUCAGCAAGAGGAGUAUGUCAGCUACAUGCGGAAUAAUAGUUUCCUGAUGGACCACAAUACACGUGUCUGGAAUUCUUGUUCAAGAAACAGAGCGCUUUGCUUUGACAAAGAAUACCUGUCUGCUGUGUGCAAGUACAUGCCUGUCAAUGUGAUGAAAACUGUUCGGAUGGGCCUGGUUCCCGUGAUCUCUCUUCUUCAGGACCCAAGCCUUGACCUGCAAGUAAUCCAUCUUGUUCGUGACCCUCGUGGCUCUCUUCAUUCUAGAAUGCAGCUGACCUGGUGCCAUUCUCAAGCCUGCAGUGACCCAGGCACUGUUUGUGGUGACCUCAUGACAGACCUGAAACUUUCAGAGUGGGUGAAAGAAAGAUUUCCGGACAAAUAUCUGCUAGUCCGUUACGAAGACUUGGGACUGCAGCCAGAGGAAACAGCAAGACGAAUCUUCAAAUUCCUGCAUCUAACGUACCACAAAAAUGUCGCUUCCUUCGUGCGGGACCACACGUCAAUCAAUAGGAAAACCAAAAAGAAGCCAGGCACUUACUCGACAUAUAGAGACUCCAAAUCCACCACCUUCGCCUGGCGGGGAGCUCUCAAUUACACGACCUUAGAAGAGAUUCAGAAUGCCUGCCGAGAGCCCUUGAGUUAUCUCAAACUUAGGAUUUUUGAUACGGAAGAAGAUUUUAUGAAUGCGACAAUUCCAGUCCUAGUAGAGUAGCUGAUAUUAUUGUUACUUAUCAUAUUAUUGUCAACAACUAUUCCUUCCGUGUAUUCUUAUUCCCAGAUAUUUGCUAUUUAUAACUUUGAUAUUACGUUAAUGUUGGAAAUAUUACAAUUUGCAUAUCACAUUACACACCCUUCUUCCGUUACAUAAUCAUAGCACCUUAUCCGUGGGCAGUUCUCGAGGGAAAUCCCAGAAGAAAUAAUAUUGAGAUGUGCUCAACACUUAUUGUACUUGCCUUAUUCUAACGUAGAGUGGGUAAUGUUAAGUAAGUUAUACAUGCUGGCAACAAGGCAAAGUUGAUGUUGAUGGCGAUAUACAUCAUACAUACAUACAUACAUACAUACAUACAUACAUACAUACAUACAUACAUACAUACAUACAUACAUACAUACAUAC